AUGUUCAAGCAGGAUCCAGAGCCUCUCUCCCCCUCCUCGUGCAUGCACAAAGACACCACCGCCACCCCCCUCUUCCUCCAGCACCGCACACUCGAGAUCAUUCAACUCAUUGAAGUCCCCGCCCCUCCCCGCGUCCAGCACCCGUCUACUAUCGCAUCCAGCUCUGCCGCGACCUCUUCGACCUCCUACCUCUCGACCUCCACCAGUGGCAUCGAGGACGCCGACUCAGUGGCGUCCUCCUCCUAUUGCUCGUCUGCUGAAGGACAGUCCGAUGUGUUCGUCCCCGACGACACCUACAAGAUCAGACUGACCCGCGUGCUCGCGUGGCGAGAGAGCUCUGCAAAAGUCCCAGGCGGAUCGCAGCUUACUACACCUCUGGCACCCGCGGUCCCACUGAAGCGAAAAGUUGAUGGCGACGACGAUGGCUUGAACGACGACGCUGUGUCGCACUCGUCUAAACGUUCGCGCUCGAGCACCUCCCGGUUGCGCUCGCCCUGGCCCAAGCGUCGGUUCAGCGAACAUUCCUGCCCCGCAUGCGACACCUCCUUCCCCACCCGUCGGAGCCUACAGCAGCAUGGUCGGGAUGCUUCCCUCAGCGAUGCCUGUCGGCAAGCCGUGGAAUACGGUUUCGAAGCAUGA